UUGACAAGCUUGACCACGGCUGUUUGCUGUAAAAAAACGCAGUUGCUGUGCAUUUGGCAUGAAGUUACGGGCCUACAGGUGGGCCACCUGUCCGUACUGCUUUUCCUACUGCAAUCGGGGGCGCUAUCCGACCAACAGCUUGGUAAAGGGCUCGCCUACCCGUAUGCGAUCCUCAACACGUGAUUCAACAGGCCGGUUGCUGUUCGUGUGGCAGGAGGAGGUGACAGGCCUACAGGUGGGCCACCUGUCCGUACUGAUUUUCCUACUGCAAUCGGGGGUGCUAUCCGACCACCGGCUUGGUGAAGGCCUCGCCUGCCCAUAUGCGACACUGGACACCUGGUGCCGCAAGGCCAGGACUGCAAGGUGAAGACUGCGCCGGAAUACUGAUACGGGGACCAAGCCUACAUUUUGUCCCAUCCAAUCGCGUUUGCUCUUUUGGCGAGUCAGAGGUA